AUGUUUAAUACAUAAAAGGCUUAGAAUUGUUAACUUCACAAAUCUUAAAUUUGUAUAGGGUUUUGCAUUUCGAAAAAUUGUCCUUCAAAUUCUUUCUAUUGUUAAAAAUGUUUAGAACAAGAUCAUGGGGAUCAUAGAGAGAGCUGCAAAGAAUUUGGACUAAUAACAAAGGACUUCUCCAAUUUAAUCAAAGAAAAAAAGAAUAACUUAGACAAGGUCAAAGUCAAAUAAAUUGAACUUCACUAAUUGGGCAGAUAUUAAAUUUAUGCCUAUGAAAGGCAAAUAGAUGAACUGAGAAACAUUUAAAGAUACUUUUCGAAGUAAAAAUAUAGAUGUUUGUCAAAUACAGAAAUCAAAAUCUUAAAACAAUAAUUUUCCCCUGAUUAAUAACUAGAGGAUUGUAAAAUUUAGCAAGGUUUAGAGAAUGAACUAGUUUAAAUGGAACAACUAAUUUAAUCCUUAGAAUUAAUAAAGAAGGAUUGCUUAAUAAAUAGAAAAUAUCAAUUAAUAAGUAUUCUUAGCGAUAUCUAUUUUUAGAGUAUAUAAAGAGAUGGCUUUCUAUAGGUGGUUAUAUGUGCCUUUCAAUUAUUAUCAGUAUGAUUUUUACUUAUUUUUUUCUUCUUUUGACAUUUGCAAUGCUUUGGAUAUAUCUUGAAACUGAGGAGUAACUUAGAUUUUUUAUUAAGGCAAAAACAACCAAUCAAAAAUAAAUCUUUUUUAGAACCAAUCAUAGACUAAACUCAGUAUUUUACCCAAGGUAAUAAAUUUAAUAUUACUUAAGCUAAUGAUUUAUAUCUGAAGGAAAAGUAUAGAGAAGCAAUUAUUUAUUAUAAUAAGGCAAUUCAUUUACGACAGGAUAAUGCAUCCAUAUACUUUUAUAAAGGUAGUUGAUAACAAUUAAAUUAUAGGAAAUGCUCUAGCCAAAUUAUAAUAUUUUGAGCUCGCAGUUCAAAAUUAUAAUAAAGCUUUGAAAAUAAAUUCUGAAAACGAUGCCGUAUAUAUGAAUAAAGGUAUUCAUUGUAUUUCAAAGCAGGGUAUGCGCUAAUUUAAUUGAACCGUUUUAAUUAGGCUAUUGAUUGUUAUGAUUUGGCUAUAAGAAUAAAUUUUCAUAAUGAUGAGGCCUACUACAAUAAAGGUAACUUUAUUAAUAAUAUCAUUAAUAAAAUAUUAGGUAGAGUCUUACAUUAAGUUGAACGUUAUCUUGAAGCUAUAGAAUCAUAUAAUAAAGCGAUCAAUAUAAAUCCUAAUAAUCAGCACUAUUAUAAUAGUAAAGGUUACUAAAUGAACAUUAAUUAUAGGAUUAACAUUACAUAACCUUAAAGAAUAUCGUUAAGCUUUACAAUCUUAUGAUUUUGCACUUAAAGUUUCAAUAAAUCAUGAAAUAAUAGCAAAUAAGAGUAUUGUUUAAUAAAAUUUAGAUAAUUCAUUAUUGAAUUUAGAUAAAUUUGACAAAGCCUAAGAAUUCAAGAAUUAGGAUACAUUGUUGGAAAUAAGAAAAUGA